AUGGAAGAUGAGAAGGAAUAUAGUAUAUUGGCAAAAAAGGAUAAUGAUAGGAUAUUGAUGUCCUCAGAGAUGAUAUUUUACAAAAUGUUUACUUAAACAAGAAAUUAGGAUCUAAGGUAAAGCAAAUGUCACUCCUUAAUUCUUUUUAUCAUUUAAAAAAAUAUGGAUUUGAAUGGAAGAAAUUGCAUCAGAGGAUAAAGAAAAAAUAUUUUGGAAAGGGAUGCAACUUUUUAAUACUCUAAUAUUAUGAUUUUCUAUGAAAUUAAUGAAAGAGAAACUAUAAUAAUGAAUGCAUUUAAUAUUAAAUUUAUUAGGACCAUAAAGGGAAAAAAUUAUCAGACUUAAAAGAAAAGAUAUUAACCUUUAUCAAGAAGAUUAGAAUUAUACCAAGAAGGUAAGAUCAAUCAUUUAACGAGGGAGCAAAACAGAUCAAAAUUUGUGUUUUGGCUUUGAGAAAUCACAAAAUCUCCAGAAUACUUAAAUAAUAGAUAAAAUUACUUCAGUAGAUGAAUAAUUUGAAGCAUUGAUUAUGCCAAUGCAAGAAUAAAGUUAAAUAGAAUAAGAGAAAUAAAAUAAAAAUAGUAAUAAAUAUAAUAAUAGGAGAAUUGAAAAUUCAGGUUCAUUUAUUAAAGUUAUUAUUAUUUUAUAAAUAUAUCCUCCUUAAACUAUAUUAGUAAAUAAUCGUUUUUGA